AUGGGUGAAAGUGAUUUAUUGUUAAAUGAACAAUCAUCUCAAACUCCUGUAAAUGUUGAAACAAUGCAGUGGAUGAUGAUGUUGUUGUUCAUACUUCUUAAAUUUCUUUUAAACUUUAUUCAUGGAUGUAUGCCACGGUAUCAGGAAGAACUUCAAUACUUAGAUUAUUAUCUUGGUAUACAACCGGAAAAUCAGGGUAAUUUACCUAUUGAAGAAACUAUGAUUAAACAAUAUCUAAGCAAUUCAUCAAAAUUAAAUUGUCAAUUCAAUGAACGAUGCGCCUGGAUGAAUGCUCCUGAUGAUGAUUUAUUAGAUACAUCAGAUUUCUAUUUAUUUGUUAAAACAAACACUAAAUUAUUUCCACCACACAUUCAGCCAGGACCACCUGAUCCAUUGAAAGGUACAAAAUUUAUUCUCGCAGGUAAUACAACAACAAAAUCUCAAAGUGCUAUACUUAUUAGCGCACCAAUUGCAUGUCAACGAGCAUCCGGAUCACUGGAUUUCAGAUACUGGCUAUACAAUGAAGCAAAAAUUGAAGUAUUAAUUUUAAAACCUUCUACCAGAAGGAAUCGUCAUCAGGUUAUUUUACGGCCGCAUACCGAAUGCUACUUCAUUCGUACUUUUAAUGAUCGUUGCAAAAUUGAAAUACCAGAAAUUAGUGAACCAUUUCGAAUUGGUAUUCGUGUCCAUGGUUUAAGAGAUUCAGCAUUAGGUAGUCUUGGGAUGAUAACUGAUAUUAAAUAUAAAGCUGAAAUAUGCUUGGAACCUAAAUUAUCAAAAAUUUUUGGUGCUCGAGCAGUUCCACCGUCAUUAAUUAAUUCAUAUCCAAUUUCUGCUGCUGAUCUUUCCUGUGUUGAUUACAACUCAAGCUGUCGUUGGUCCAAUACACUUUCAUCAUUAGCCGAAUGGAAAAUUGGACGGAAUCGUCGACGAUGGAAGGAAAUUUUCGAAACAGAAAGUAAACCAACUGGCAGCUUUUUCUAUCAAUAUGUUGAUUCAGUUAUUCAAGAACCUUAUUCAUUGCUACGAUCAGAACUUAUUCCAUGCACCAGCACUGUUACAACUUUUUCAUUUAGAUAUUGGCUGCAAACAGGUACACAAGUUCAAGUUUGUACAGUUACAGCAUCAAAUGUUAUAAUUAGCUGUGUGUAUCUAAAUGAACUAGCAAUGCCCGGACCAGUUAGUAUUGAUGUUGAUGCACCAACUGAAGAACCUUUCCGAUUCAUAUUUGAAUUGAUCAAUUUUGAUAAUUCAACAUUUGGCCUUGUUGUAAUUGAUGAUAUGCAAUUUACUGGUUUAUUAUGUCAUGAAGUAACUGUACCAACCACUACAACAAUCGAUCCAUUACAAAUCAAACGACUUUUCUCACUUCAUCCAUAUCCAAAUUUGCUAAUUGAUAACAUACCAACAUUGAAUUGUGAUUUUAAUCAAAAUACAUGUCCGCAAUGGGAAAAUGAUGGACAUUGGUUACUUGGGACAAUUCCAUGUGACGAAUCUUUUACAUUACCAUCAUCAUCAUCAAUAAAAGAUCAAGUUUCGGUUGCUGUUCUAAAUAAUACCAUGGCUAUAUUACAAUCCCGAAAAGUUCCAUGCGCAUCUAAUGCUAAGAUUUUUAUUGCAUACUUUCGAACUGAAGAAGCUAACUUAAUGGAAUCAUUUUUUAUUCGAUUAAUCGCAAAAUCAACUGGACCCGGUUUUGUUGUUAUCCGGAAAAUUGAAACGACAGGCAACUGGUGUCCACUUCCAACAUUAUCACGAUACGCAUGCGAAAAACUUAGCUGUACAUUCCGUCAAACUUUUUGCAACUACAAAACAGAAAUAAAUUCACGUGCUAAUGUUUUAUUCAAAAGUGAUGGAAGAGGAGUGAUAGCAGAUAUUGACAAAGGACCAGGUUUAGCCGUAUUGCGAUCACCACAGUUCAAGCUUUCACGCCCGGCUGAAUUGCAAAUUAAGAUCUAUCAAUCAACAUUUGGUUCUCAGACAUUCUUGUGCGGUGAUGAUUUCAACACUCUGUUUGAUUGUCAACCAAUAUUAGGCCCAAAAAUAGAACUGCCAAUAACAGAAAAAAUAAUCGUGCCACUUGAUCACGAUGCACAAAAUUUUACAAUUCUUGCGGUGCAUGAUAAAUUUAUCGAAUUUGGUGCAGCAAAAUUUAUCAUUUCAAACAUUGAAAUAUUAGAUGAAAAUGGAGAAUUAUUAUGUUAA